GUGGGGUGCGCGCGCAUAUUCCGUGUGCAUCGCGUGCUGCGUGCAGAUCGUGUGGUAUGAAAGAGCUAACAACCUUUAGGAUAGAAGGAGAUAGGGAAAAGGAAAGAACUAAAUUGUGAAAAAAAGAUAGAAAGAAACGAAAGAAGAACGCGGGGUGGUGUACGUGUGAUCCAACUCGUUGCAUAUCCGUCGUCGAUCGUUCUUUAACGAGUCAAUCGCUUAGAAAUAUUAUUUGAAUUGCCAACUGUAUUCGAUUACGAUAAUAUCAUCAGCUACGAUAUCUUGCCAAGGAAAGGGACUCAAAUUUAACAAAGGUACAAGGAAAUUUCUCAUUGGAAAACGAAAGAAAAAUGUGGGCCGGCGAAGAUCAAACGCAACGUUAUAAAACCAGAGUAUUGAAACCACCAGGUGGUGGAAGCAGCGAUAUCUUUGGUUCAACUCAAGACGAGACCAGUCCACGUCGCGUGAAGAACCAUAAUCAAUCUCAACUUGGUAGCGCAUUGUUCGGGGACGCUACAGAUUCAAGCAGCAAUUCCAAUUUGACCAACAGCGGCAACAAUAUGAUGGAUAACAACGGCGGGGAGACAACAACAACAACACGUUCCGGCACAAAGCCCGGUAAUGAUUCUUACAAUCGCCUGUUUGGCCCUCCCGAUGCCCCACCCGCAACCCCAAACGCGAAAAAUUACAUGCGAAGCAAUAUACCCCUCAACGGGGAUGAUACAACGUCGCCCGCUAAAAGUACAUCAAGCAGCAAUUCGAGCUCGAGUAUCAUCCACAAUGGCUUUACCAAUACCAACAAUUCUAACGUCAACGAUAUCACAGCUUUUAGGAGAAUCAAACGAUUUCGAGGAGCGUCCUGCAUGCCACGCAAUCCAGUCACCGGAGAUGGAGUCGACGUGACGCCAUUGAGGCGCACACGAAGGUGUAGAGAUGGUAAUCCAGUAACUGGAACUGGGUAUACGUCUGAGACGCAGAAUGGAGGAUCAGCGAUGCAGAAUGGAACAGGUAGCUCAAGUUCCAGCAUAGGUGAGAAAUCGAAUGGUUCGUCACCAACAGGAAAACCAGCAGGAACUCGUACCCGUGUUCCACCUGGUGGAUAUUCAUCUGGGCUUUGGUAAAAAGGGUUGUUGGAUCCAUCAACUUUCCAGCAAGCAACAACAGCAGCAACAACAACAACAACAACAACAACCAUAACAACAUCCCUUUCCAUCCUAGAGCAUGAACUAAAAAGACAAAAUUUGGCGUGUCAAUGGUUGAAGAAAGGACGAAAGAGAAGAAUAAAAUUAUGAUAAUACAAACAAAAUAAUCAACAACCAAAAUUAUAUAACAAACAAUAACAAAAGGCUCUACUUAACCGUCUCUUAUUUCGACUUUUGUCGUCAAGUUUUCUGUAUCGUAGAAAAAUGGAUAAACAAAAGUCUCGAACAACUCCAAAAAAAAAAAAACAAAAAAAAAAUUGCAGGGCAAACUAAAACACACACUAGCCAUCCGAAAUUAAUUAGUCGUGUUUUUUUGUUUUUUUUUUUCUUUUUAAAAAUAACUUGCAUAAUCUAGCUGGUCGUUGAGUCGAAAGGAAGAGAAAAGAAAAACUAAUAAUAAUAAUAGUAAUUUAAAAAAAAAAAAAAAAA